AUGUCCGCUACUACGAACGUCCAGAGAGAAGAUCGUCGAAAGGUCGGUAGGCUUAUUUCGGCUUUAAUUUGCCCGUCGCAAAGUAUGUCCAAGCCUAUAGCGAUAAUUUCUCUGGUGGUCCCUUUCCUUGUUCAGAUUUCUCUGGUGGUUCCUUUCCUUGUUCAGAUUUCUCUGGCAGUCUCUUCUCUUGUUCAGAUUUCUCUGGCAGUCCCUUCUCUUGUUCAGAUUUCUAAGAUGGUCUCUUCUCUUGUUCAGAUUUUUCUGGCAGUCCCUUCUCUUGUUCAGAUUUCUCUGGCAGUCCCUUCUCAUGUUCAGAUUUCUCUGGCAGUCCCUUUCCUUGUUCAGAUUUCUCUGGUGGUCCCAUCUCUUGUUCAGAUUUCUCUGGCGGUCCCUUCUCAUGUUCAGAUUUCUUUGGCGGUCCCUUCUCUUGUUCAGAUUUCUCUGGCAGUCCCUUCUCUUGUUCAGAUUUCUAAGAUGGUCCCUUCUCUUGUUCUGAUUUUUCUGGCAGUCUCUUCUCUUGUUCUGAUUUCUCUGGCAGUCCCUUCUCAUGUUCAGAUUUCUCUGGCAGUCCCUUUCCUUGUUCAGAUUUCUCUGGUGGUCCCAUCUCUUGUUCAGAUUUCUCUGGCGGUCCCUUCUCAUGUUCAGAUUUCUCUGGCGGUCCCUUCUCUUGUUCAGAUUUCUCUGGCAGUCCCUUCUCUUGUUCAGAUUUCUAAGAUGGUCCCUUCUCUUGUUCUGAUUUUUCUGGCAGUCUCUUCUCUUGUUCUGAUUUUUCUGGCAGUCUCUUCUCUUGUUCUGAUUUCUCUGGCAGUCCCUUCUCUUGUUCAGAUUUCUAAGAUGGUCCCUUCUCUUGUUCUGAUUUUUCUGGCAGUCUCUUCUCUUGUUCUGAUUUCUCUGGCAGUCCCUUCUCGUGUUCCGAUUUCUCUGGCAGUCCCUUCUCUUGUUCAGAUUUCUAAGAUGGUCCCUUCUCUUGUUCUGAUUUUUCUGGCAGUCUCUUCUCUUGUUCUGAUUUCUCUGGCAGUCCCUUCUCAUGUUCCGAUUUCUCUGGCAGUCCUUCUCUUUCUCUUCUCUUGUUCUGAUUUCUCUGGCAGUCCCUUUCCUUGUUCAGAUUUCUCUGGUGGUCCCAUCUCUUGUUCAGAUUUCUCUGGCGGUCCCUUCUCAUGUUCAGAUUUCUCUGGCAGUCCCUUCUCUUGUUCAGAUUUCUCUGGCAGUCCUUCUCUUGUUCAGAUUUCUAAGAUGGUCCCUUCUCUUGUUCUGAUUUUUCUGGCAGUCUCUUCUCUUGUUCUGAUUUCUCUGGCAGUCCCUUCUCAUGUUCCGAUUUCUCUGGCAGUCCCUUCUCUUGUUCAGAUUUCUAAGAUGGUCCCUUCUCUUGUUCUGAUUUUUCUGGCAGUCCCUUUCCUUGUUCAGAUUUCUCUGGUGGUCCCAUCUCUUGUUCAGAUUUCUCUGGCGGUCCCUUCUCAUGUUCAGAUUUCUCUGGCAGUCCCUUCUCUUGUUCAGAUUUCUCUGGCAGUCCCUUCUCUUGUUCAGAUUUCUAAGAUGGUCCCUUCUCUUGUUCUGAUUUUUCUGGCAGUCUCUUCUCUUGUUCUGAUUUCUCUGGCAGUCCCUUCUCAUGUUCCGAUUUCUCUGGCAGUCCCUUCUCUUGUUCAGAUUUCUAAGAUGGUCCCUUCUCUUGUUCUGAUUUUUCUGGCAGUCUCUUCUCUUGUUCUGAUUUCUCUGGCAGUCCCUUCUCAUGUUCCGAUUUCUCUGGCAGUCCCUUCUCUUGUUCAGAUUUCUAAGAUGGUCCCUUCUCUUGUUCUGAUUUUUCUGGCAGUCUCUUCUCUUGUUCUGAUUUCUCUGGCAGUCCCUUCUCAUGUUCCGAUUUCUCUGGCAGUCCCUUCUCUUGUUCAGAUUUCUAAGAUGGUCCCUUCUCUUGUUCUGAUUUUUCUGGCAGUCUCUUCUCUUGUUCUGAUUUCUCUGGCAGUCCCUUCUCAUGUUCCGAUUUCUCUGGCAGUCCCUUCUCUUGUUCAGAUUUCUAAGAUGGUCCCUUCUCUUGUUCUGAUUUUUCUGGCAGUCUCUUCUCUUGUUCUGAUUUCUCUGGCAUCCUUCUCUUGUUCUGAUUUCUCUGGCAGUCCCUUUCCUUGUUCAGAUUUCUCUGGUGGUCCCAUCUCUUGUUCAGAUUUCUCUGGCGGUCCCUUCUCAUGUUCAGAUUUCUCUGGCAGUCCCUUCUCUUGUUCAGAUUUCUCUGGCAGUCCUUCUCUUGUUCAGAUUUCUAAGAUGGUCCCUUCUCUUGUUCUGAUUUUUCUGGCAGUCUCUUCUCUUGUUCUGAUUUCUCUGGCAGUCCCUUCUCAUGUUCCGAUUUCUCUGGCAGUCCCUUCUCUUGUUCAGAUUUCUAAGAUGGUCCCUUCUCUUGUUCUGAUUUUUCUGGCAGUCUCUUCUCUUGUUCAGAUUUCUCUGGCGGUCCCUUCUCAUGUUCCGAUUUCUCUGGCAGUCCCUUCUCUUGUUCAGAUUUCUCUGGUGGUCCUACUAAUACCAUUGGAUUAG